AUGAGCAGUGACAACCUCACUUCAAAAUAUGCACCAAAGACUCCAGCUGAGUCACUAGCACAGUCGCGUGCGGAGAAACUGAGGCAAGAGAAGGACAAUUCGACCAGGCUGUUCGGCCGUCUGCGGUGGAAAGCAGAAAUGCUCAUGGUGUCUUACUACAAAGCUCUUGAGAUUGUACGGGCAGCUAGUUCGAGCACAGAUCCAAUAAGUGUUAGUCAUCACCAUGUCUCCAAGAAUGCUCAACGCGAGGCUGACAUUAUGAAGAAGCAAGCCGAAACCAUGUUCAAGGUCGACUUCUUCGAGUUCUACACCUUGCUCGAGCGAUAUAUCACCACCUGUCUCUCUAUUGUUGGCGUCAAAGUCUCCGGCGCCGCGCCUCAGACAAACAUCAACGCCCUUCGAUACAUCACGAACCCCGAUCUUCACAGGUCACGGCCGCUCGCUUCGCAUGCGUUCCACGCGAACCUACUCGAUGCUCUAGACGACGAGAACUGCCCACUACAUGCUUCUUUUGGCGUACAUGACGUGCGUGUCGAGCUAGGUCUUGCAAAGGACUUCAGAAAUGCCUGGAAGGACGCUGAUGGGCGAAUCAUCGCAUCCAAGUGGGAUGACGAUGCCUCUCGCAAGAAGAACAUCACUCUGCACGACUCACAGCUGGAGACCAUGCUUCGGGCCCUUCUUGUAGGUUGCGACCAUGCGCAUGGUGUUGUGCAACAGUUUUCUGGUGCCCCGCUCAAUGGCUUUUCGAGCAGAGACUUUGAGCCUCAACCACAGAGCUACAAUACCACAAGCUCGGACGAUACACCACUGGAGUAUAUGGACGACGCCAUGGAGCUUGACUAA